AUGUUCGCUCCUCGGAUCCAGCGCCGUAUGUUCUCGGCUUCCACCAGGAACCUUUCCAAGGUUACGGUCCUUGGUGCUGCUGGCGGCAUUGGCCAGCCGCUCUCGCUCCUCCUGAAGAUGAACCCUCGUGUUACCGAGCUGGCUCUCUACGAUAUCCGCGGCGGACCUGGCGUCGCUGCCGACAUCUCCCACGUCAACACCAAGUCUACCGUCAAGGGCUAUAAUCCCACCCCCACCGGCCUGGCCCAGGCCCUCAAGGGCUCGGACAUCAUCCUGAUCCCCGCCGGCGUCCCCCGCAAGCCUGGCAUGACCCGUGACGACCUCUUCAACACCAACGCCUCUAUCGUGCGCGACCUCGCCAAGGCCGCCGCCGAGGCCGCCCCGGAGGCCAACCUCCUCAUCAUUGCCAACCCCGUCAACUCCACCGUCCCCAUCUGCGCUGAGGUCUACAAGGCCCGCGGCGUCUACAACCCCAAGCGCCUCUUCGGCGUCACCACCCUCGACGUCGUCCGCGCCUCGCGCUUCGUCUCCGAGAUCAAGGGCACCGACCCCAAGGACGAGGAGAUCACCGUCGUCGGCGGCCACUCCGGCGUCACCAUCGUGCCGCUCUUCAGCCAGUCCAAGCACCCGGACCUCUCCGCCAACGCCGAGCUCGUCAACCGCGUCCAGUUCGGCGGCGACGAGGUCGUCAAGGCCAAGGACGGCGCCGGCUCCGCCACCCUCUCCAUGGCCAUGGCCGGCGCCCGCAUGGCCGACUCGCUCCUCCGCGCCUCCCAGGGCGAGAAGGGCGUCGUCGAGCCCACCUUCGUCGACUCGCCCCUCUACAAGGACCAGGGCAUCGACUUCUUCUCGUCCCGCGUCGAGCUCGGCCCCAACGGCGUCGAGAAGAUCCUCCCUGUCGGCGAGGUGGACGCCCACGAGCAGAAGCUCCUCGAGGCCUGCUUCGGCGACCUCAAGAAGAACAUUGAGAAGGGUGUCGCUUUCGUCGCUGCCAACCCCCCCAUGUAA